GGAUGAAAACCAUUUGACCAUUGAAACUGUGAGGGCAAUUGGAACUUUAUUUCGGUGAUGCCACUCGACAGGUGCUGGAUGCAGAAACGGUGAUAUCGCAUUGUACCCAAAGCCAUGGCUGCGAGGAAGGUGAUGUUUAACUUCAAGACGGAGCCUUACAAGACGCAGGUUCAGCAUCACUGGCCCCCGAGUGGUCGUCACAUUCUUGCUCAGUAUGAUGACGAAACAAUUGUCGUUUACCAAGCUUUUUGUCCAGAAAUUGCAGAUUAUGCUGUUUCAAAUCAGAGAUUUGGAGGACCCAAGUACAGCUUCACUCGGAUGUCCUGGAUCAAGACUAACUUUCUCUGGAUGAUGUACCGCUGUGGGUGGGCCAGCAAGCGGGGCCAAGAGAGAGUGUUGGCGAUUUGCAUCCCCAGGGCAAAUUUUGACACCAUCCUGUCCCAGGCCUAUACUGCUGGCGCGCAGAGGGAGGCUGGAAAGAUGGAUGUUUCUGUCCGCCUCCAGUGGGACCCAGACCACGCCCCCAAUGGAGGGAAAGAGGACAGAAGGGCAAUUCAGCUUGGUCUACGAGGAGAGAUCUUAAAAUCAUUUGCGACAGACUGGAUUGUUGGGAUCGAAGAUGUGACACAGUUUGUGAAGGAGCAGGCUUCAAUAUUACCGGAAGGUGAAGCUUCUUUAGAGAAACUUCUUGUCGCUCGUGAGAGAGUUUACGCUGUCCCCGACAAAGCCACGGCUGAACUGAUUGGGUGUGAUCAGGCGGAAGGGAGUGUCUGACGUUGGAAGUGGGCAAAGGAGGGGAAUUGGGUUGGGUGGGGUCUUGAACAAAUCAGAGGGGGCGGUGAAGGUUCAAGUUGGAGAUGCAGUGGGGAAAGUGGCAUUUUUAAUUGUUAGCCACACAAGGUUCAUGAGUAACAUUCCUGCAGAAGAGUGUCCCGAAAUGUAUUACCUUUCACUUCAAAUUGCUCUCUAUACCCUGCACAUACAGGUAUGCAUACACUUGUCUUGCCUAUGAUUUAGGCUAUUGAAACUUAAGUCCUCAUUCCAUUUAACUAACAUGAGUCGGUGAUGUAAAGUGAUGCUGGUCAAGCCUGAAAGACCAGGAAGAACCUCCCCCAUUUGUCCCCCAUAAACUGUAAGAAUGCAUUUGUGCUUAUGGAUUCAUUUCAAAAUGAUCAGGUGAAUAACGUCUGGAUUCAGACCGGCUGAAGGGAUGGUGUGGGCAGGGGGGGGGCCACAGAUGCAAUGCCGUGCAUGACCCAGAAUGAAAGGAUACUAUAAUUAGAACUGCUGCACUUGUCUUAGGCAUAAAUAAGGGCCAAGUUUGGAGCCAACCCCCCCUUCCUGACUCCGCCUCUCCUCAUAUGCUGUCAGAACAUCAAGGUCCCCAUCUUUUCGACCCCAACCCCAUUCAGAGUGCAAUUUUUAUACUGUGAAUCUUCAUACUUUCAUCAAUGUAGAGUUUUUGCCGGUCAAACAUGCUGUUUGAAAAGAAGGUCAGUAACUAUACUAAAUGAUGUAUUAGUAAAAUAUCAUCUUUCUUUAUGGGCUAAUUAAGGCUUUGAUUUUUGUAGAGGAAAGUGAUCUUGAGAUUUAUAUGGAUGGCUACUGCAAUACUGUAUUGAAGACACAAAAAGCAAAACACUUGUACACAUAGUCAUUAGAACAAAUAGGAUCAGUUAUUGAAAUAAAAGUCGACUUAGUUUAAUAGAGAAUUUCAUUUGUAAUAUAUAGUACGUAAAAUAUAUAGUACACAGCACAUGGUGAAGUAUUAUGUAGAAGUAACCUUGUUGGUCACUUGAUAAACAUUUCUUCUAAUUAAAACGAAUCUUUCAAAUGACUUCUUUCGUCAAUAAAUAUAGAAGGGUAAUAUUGCACCAUUCCAUCAGUUAAACACGCGGCAAUGCAUAUCUUUGAAAUAAAAAUUCACCUGGCAAGAAAUCAAAAUGUGAACAAGUGUAUCCUGUUGGAAAGUUUGCUUUGUAUGGGUAAUAAAUGAAUUGUUUAUUUCCAAAAUGCGAUAAG